AAACAACUUUGAAGAAACGAAAAAAAGGAAUUGAUUUAGUAGUUUAUGAGGAAACACUUCACGUAGCAGUCUUCUGGCUGACGAAUAUGUUAAUACUAAUUUACGUUAACGAUACGCGAACGAUUUAACAGUGCCUUGAAGCUGUGCCUAAUCUAUUUUGUUUCAUCUGUGACAGGUCGUUUGAAAAAUUGGAUUUAAUAUGACAAGAUCAGGUCCUCCUAGUGAAAAUAUUCCCACGAUAAAACUCGUAGUAGUUGGCGAUGGCGGCGUGGGAAAGAGCGCGAUCACGAUCCAGUUCUUCCAGAAGCUGUUUGUGACAGACUACGACCCCACCAUCGAGGACUCCUACAUACAGCAUACCGAGGUCGACGGCCAGUGGUGUAUACUUGACGUGCUGGACACGGCGGGGCAGGAGGAGUUCAGCGCGAUGCGGGAACAGUACAUGCGCAAGGGGGACGGCUUCCUGCUCGUCUACUCCGUCACCGACCAGCAGAGCUUCCAGAACAUACGGCACUUCCACACGCAGAUACUGCGGGUUAAGGACCGCGAGACGUACCCGAUGCUGGUGUGCGCGAACAAGGUGGACCUGGUGGCGGCGCGCACGGUGAGCGAGGAGGCGGGGCGCGAGCUCGCGCGCGCUCUCCCCGCCCCCUACAUCGAGACCAGCGCCAAGGAGCCGCCGCUCAACGUCGACGCCGCCUUCCACGAGCUAGUGCGCAUUAUACGUGCGCACCCGCCGCGUGACCGCAAGCCGCGCCGCCGCCGCCGUCCCACGUGCACGCUGCUGUAGGCCUCGCCCCGUCUGUACGCUGGCGUAGGCCCCGCCCCGUCUACACUGGCGUACGCCACGCCCUGUCUGUAGGCUGGUGGACCACAGAAUAAAAUGCGAAGGCUAAGUUUUUACUACCCCGGCCCCGGACUCGCCGAGCGUACGUAAACUACAUCUUUAUAGAAAAAUAGCGCCCCUGGUCGGCUUAAGGUUGGAAAUCUUCUUAUUGACGUUAAGGGGGGGCUAAAUUCUAACAGCACAAACUGCCAAAGAACGUAAUAUGAGGUGUUAAGCUCGGUCGAAGCCGACUACAUUAAUUUCAGCUGUCAUAAUAUACAUACCGCGGUUUUAUUUAUUAAAUUUUUUCAUCGCCGUGUUUAGAAAACUUUGAAAUGUAGUGUCGCUGCGACACGUCGCUUGCUGCAGCUUUUUGUUGCUCGCUACCAAUUUGUACAAUUAGUUAAGGCUUUUAAUUGAAUGCUUUUCCGUUAGCUUAGAUUUUACCGACAAGAUAUAUGUAACUUUGUACUUUACUAUAAUAUUAUGUAAAGUACAGUUUCGAAGUUGU